UACACGCAGGCCGGGCAACACCGCCACUCACACCUUAGUUCACGUCCAGGUGUUAGGGAACCGGUGUUACCUGCCGCCUAGGUGUUCAAUCAAUAUCAAGUGUUCUCUGCCCUCAUCACGAGUGGCGCCAAUGUGACCCCCUGGUAGCACACCCGUGGCAGGGCAGGUGUUGGGUGUGUUGGGUGUCGUGCCAGGUGUUGGUGAGGUGGCAGGGUGUGGCAGAGCCUUUUGUCUUUGUGUUGCACCAGUUACAGUGUUACAAGCUCAGACCGAAGACUACUGUAUAGUUUUACAACAGAGGUUCACUCAGAUAUAUACUAGCUCUUUGGUCAGUUUCAAGCCUGCAUGUGAAGACUUCAUGCAUGUCUAGGUUGUGUUUAUACUGAUCAGUCACUCCUCACUUCAUCACUUUAAUGAUAGCUGUUAUAAUUAAAUACUUUUCCAGCCAGAGACACGGCUGUCCUUGUCAACAAACCCACUCGGUUGGCUCAGCUGAUGCCAGCCAAAAUUUGGUCUGUCGGCACCCUCUUCCUGGGCCGUCACCCGACAAAGGGCAGUGGUCCCUCCGUAGAGGGACAAAAUCUUUAACAACAACAACAACUUUCCCGUUGCUUGCUAAGUGUCCUCUCAAACAAUAAUCACUAGAUAUCAAUCAUAUCAUGCAGGGCUUUAUAAUAUAAAAGUGGUUUCCAUAUUUCUUACUUGCAGGUAGGCCGUAAGUUUGUCUACGAGCAGUUUGUAUUUGUCUUGUAUAGUAUUUGAUAGAAGUAGGUAGUCUUCCACAAAUUUAAGAACAGUAACUGAAUCAACACACAUCAAAGCCACGUGGACAAGUGCUAGAGAGAGAGAGGGAUAGAGUGUGAAAAACUGAGGGUACUGAUGCAACAAACUGAAUUUCACUUCUCAGCAUCCACACAAACUCGGCUUGGCAUGAAACACGUGAGAGAUUGAUGAAGUUGCUAAAAAGGGAAAACAAAGCUUUUGCCGGAUAUUUAACCUGUGACCAGCCAGACGAUUUUUGUGCUACCUUUAUAAAGAUAAAGGGUCUUCACACAUGAAUAAAGGAAGUAGCAACCACUACACCCUCCUUCUCCAAGAUGAGGCUGAGACAGAUGGAGUGUGCCUAGAAGAGGAGGAAGAGGAAGUAGAGGAUGGGUUAAAUGGUAUUGAAGAGGAGGAGGAUGAAGAGGAGGAAGAGGAAGAAGAGGAGGAUGAGCCCAUGGAGGACAGUGAUGAGGAGGAAAUCUUCAGCAGCAGCAAACACCGCUCUCUGCCACACCACGAGUGCUCCAACCUCAAUGGCCAAAACCACAUCGGGGGACACGGGAAUGAGUACCAGCUCCUGAACAACAAUGAUGCAGACCUCAAAACAGUGCUGGACACCCCCAUUACCAUCUGGACCCCAACCCCAAUGUCCCCUGCCCGUCGUGCGUGCUUCAUUGCCUCAAUCAUGUUUGGCAUCUUGGUGGUAGCGACGUUCCUGUGGGUGCUUCCAUGCGACGUGCAGCCUUGUGAGGGAGAUCUGGCCAUGCGUGACACUGAAUGGGCCGUCAGGAUUGAAAGGACGGUGAUAAGUGAGACCCAGCUGGUACAGAGGCUUGCUGGGGGCCACAAUGUGCUGCUCAGCUAUCAUCCCUCCAUCAACAUCUCUAGCUGGGACCCUGAAAAUUCAUCUUUUGUAGAGGAGGAACACAUGCAGUUUGAGAACUUUGAGUCUGACUGUACCAGUUGUGGUCAAGGAACAUCUGGAAACAGCCUUUGUGGUCUUCUCAUGCUGGACGGAAACUUGGGCAGAAAAAAUUGGCGUGUUCCUAUUAGAGAAUGUGCUGUGGGACUGCAGUGUGAUUUGCUUGAUGUGAGUGGAGAUGGUGUCCAUGACUGCAUUGUGCGAGGCAGCGACACAAUGCUCUUCAUGAUUGAGGUGCACUAUGGCACCAUCCUGUGGCAUGUCCACCAGCACAAGGCAAACAAGUCUCCUAGUCACCCCUCCAAGCUCUCCAGUGCAUUACCCCAGCCAGCACUGCAGCUACACAAUGCAGGCCCGGCUGUGCUCCUGCCAGAUGUCAACAACGAUGGUUAUGAGGACUUGCUUUUCCCUGGGAGGCUGACUCAAGAAGCACACUCACACAGCCAAGACUCCAGCAGCUCCGAGACACAGGCGCCUGAGGGGGACCAAGCACCCCCAACCAAUCAGCUGGUGUUAGUCUGUGGACAGUCAGGCAGUAUUCUUGGCUCUCCUUUUGUGCUGAAGCAGUGCCACAAAAUAACUUCAAUGACAGUCAAUGAAAAAGGAUUAUCAUAUUCUUGCCUAACCAUUGACGAUGAGGAAGAAGCAGAAGUCAUACCUCUCACAGCUCUCCUGCAUCAGAUUUUAGGGGAGGUUACUUCCUCUCAAAAAUCAAGCCCUCCUCCGAAAGUUGCAGAAACAAACAGCCAGCACCUACCAACGAUGAGUAGCCUACAAGACCUUUGCCAAGUGGUUGUGUCCAACAAUGGGGUGUGUCCUCAGUGUCAGUCCAAAGUGAAUUUACAAACUGGUGAUGGUGAAGUCUUGUGGGAGAAAGACUAUGAGCACAGCACAAUUGUGUCCUGGGCACCCCUCCUUUCUGAGGGAAAGUGUCAUGGAGCCAUUCUGAAAGUGUGGGAGUGGAGGCACACAGCCACCACAGUCAAGACAAUCAAACCCCCGGCUGCCAUGAACCGAAGAACAACCAGGAGCAGUCUUAUCAGUGAGGAAAUGGAAAGUCUAGAGACUGAACCAACAUACAUUGAAAAGGGCAGUGAAGAUGAAAUUCCUCAGAAAACUAUUAUGGAAGAAAACAGUACCUCAGAUUCUGUUGAGAGAUUAGAAAUGCCCAGUGAAGUUUUGGUAAAGAGUUCUUUGAGGGAAAGUCAAGAAAGCAUAACUAAGGCUGGUAUUCUAGAAGAAAAAGAAAACUUUGCUGAACUCCAACCACCAACAACUUUGGAGAGUCCACGAGCAAGAAGAGACUUCCUCCACAAGCCUUCAGAGCAAUACCAUGAACGUUCACUUCACAGACAUCACAACAAACAAAAUUCUGCCAGUCAUGAGGAUUACAGUCAGCACCCUCAACACUCUGACCCCACUGAGGGGCAUCACCAACAGCUGAAUAAGCUUCAUGACAGCACACAUGACCAAGAGAGCCCAUAUCCUUCAAAAAAGGCAUCAACCACUGCAGCAGUACCCAGUACUUUCUCAACAAGCAUGAGGGCAAUUCAUCCCACCAUCCUAACACCUCCUGGCUAUCAGCUACAACAGAUACAUGAGCGGCUAGCACUGCUGAGAAGCAAUGGAUCAGUGUGGCAUGAGGAGACUUUAACCAGCCUUGGCUUAGGGAUAAUUCGACUUUGUAAGAGUGAAGGUUCAUGCUUACCUUCAAUAAAAUCUCAUAGCAAAUCAGUUGCUGUCUCCACUGGGGUGAAGGAGAGAGUCUGGCAGCUAGUGUCCAGCAGUACAACCUUCGACAGCACAGCCAUCAAUGGGGAGCAGCACCACACUUCUCCGUGGACACUGACGUCAAUUGUAAGGAAAAUAAUCGUUGCAGUAUAAUCAGAGAGAUCACAUCUAAUUUAUUUAUUUUGGAAAUACAAAGAUUGAAUUUUUUUAUAUACCAGGAAAUCAAAGACUGCUGUCUUUCAGUGAGUGUUUGUUGAUUUAUAGUUCCUUGUUCCAACUUGAGAUUGUCAUUUCUUACAUUCAUAGAUAAAGCUUCACAGAUUAUAAAUAUCAACUACAUGCAUGUAUUAUGGCUGUUUUGGUGAAUUAAAUGCUGUGCUUUGCUCUAAGCUUUUUGUGAGAAAAUGUUAGAAGGGUGUUGUAUUUUUCUAUUUUUAGCCAAGUUUAUGAAGCUAAACUCAUCCAUAGCUUACCUCAAAUACCUUUUGAUGUACUUUUGUUGAGACUCUUUGUCAACCAGGAGAUUCCAGUGGGGCACUAGACUUGACUGUCAAUAAUCCAGUCACUUGUGUCCUUUUAUUUUUACCUGUAACUGGCAGGUAAAGUCUUUCUUGUACAUUGUUUAAAGGUAAGAUACAAUAACCUUUUUUUACAUAAUUUAUGCAGUGAUGUUCAAGUGAUAACGAAAAUGUCAUACUUCUAACAUGAUCCCUGUACAGUACAAUGCCACCCUCCACCCACAAGCCAUAAUAUCAAACUACAUGUUGUAUCUACUUGGAACUCUGUCCAUUAUAGAACAUCAUACCACUCCAAUUAGAUGUUCUGCUCCACAUGUGUGUGCAUGUGCAUGCACACACACACACACACACACACACACACACACACACACACACACACACACACACACACACACACAUAUCAUAACACACCACAUCAUACAUUGCUCCGAUAGCUCAGUGGUUAAAGCUCUGCAUGGUCUGGCAGGUGGAGGUUCGAGCUCCGCCCAGGCCAGGAUUUUUCCACUGACAAGGAGUGGUUACUGUCCCCACUUGAGCAGGGGUGUGUGUGUCCCAGUAGUACCCAGAGAUUGACUAUAAUGAGCCUUGCUCCAAUCAAGAGGGUACUUACUGGUGAUGACGAGUUCAGCUCUUGAUCAGGCCGUGGUGAAUUGCACACACACACACACACACACACACACACACACACACACACACACACACACACACACACACACACACUAAAAAUUGUGAUAUGUCAUGUUUAGCAUGUUUAUGGGUUACUUUCAAAUUUCUUUUUAUCUGCAUAUCUCGAAUUCCAUUAUAUUGAUCUUAUUUAUUUAUUUUAUUCUCUUAUCAGUCAAACUUUUCUUGCUAUUCUAACAGUCUUAACCCUAUGUAGUUGCAAACUAACCAUAGCUACCUGUCAUCUUAUAUAUUAUAUAUAUAUAAUGUCAUGCCUGUGACCCCCCAUCCCCUGCAGUAUUUUUUGCCACACUUCCCAUGCCAGCCUACAUAUCAAAUGAACCCAGUGUAACACAGAUGCACUUUCAUGCUUCAGCAUUUCACCUGUUAUCUCAUUCACCAACAAUAUUUUUCCGUCUUCUGCCACUCAUGUUUUUUUUUUUUUGUUUUGUUUUUUUCUAUACAAUAUUCUUUUAUGUGCCUUUAGUCAAUAUCACUUCUCCAAAGAGAUGUUGUAGGUAACCAAUGACACCAGGAAUUUAUCUUGCAUGCUGCAUUAGUGAAAUAUCAUGUAAGUGGAAAAUUCACAUCACAAACAUUCUCAAGUAAUCCAACUGUAUUAGAAUCAGGGAAGUGUGCAUAUGAAGAUAAUCAGAUACUUAAACAGACAGUCUAAGUUAUUUAAAGAAAUGUUGAAACUUUCCUUUUCUUAUUUGUUUUUAGUAGGGUUGUCAAAAUCCAGUUUCCAAGUGCUGGUAAAGGUUUAUUUCUUCAAUUGUUGAAAGGCUGAACAAAAUUUUUUGUUAUUAUUUGAAAUUUAUGCAUGUUCUUAUUUUUUCAAUUAAUGAGUGCAUCAUAACACAUAUUAAGCUGGCUUUAUAUAUUGUUAUUCAGCAUUUGAAUCAAUAAUUACCAAACUGCAUUGCAUAAAAAAAUAUUGUAGUCCAUGAAAUCAACAAGGUGUGGGUGCCAUGAUGAAGGAAGCUAGCAAUGUAGUGUUAUUGUAAUCCUGUAUAAGCUGCAAAAUGCAGUGCUUGAGACCCUUGAACUUCAGAGGUGUUGCAGGGCUUGAAAUUUCCUGAGGAGAUCCAUCACAUUGCAGUAUAAACCUUAUCAAGGCUAUGUUUGUUGGAUAACUAAAGAGUCAAAGCAUAACAGUUGCACAUUUCAGAACCAGUACAAAGCAAUAAAUACUGUAAUAGCUCCAGAAUUUCUGUUCAUUUUAUAAUAAGCGACAAGAUUUAUUCCUUUCCUUAUUUCUAGAUAUUUUAAAGUUUAUUUAAAACUUGCUUGUUAAGAAUAAUAAAAAGAGUAUAUACAGGCUAUAGUAAAAUUUUGUUGCUUUCUGUCAUCAGGCAAUCCAGUUAAUGAUAUCAAAUUCCUUGUUUCACAGUCUGGAUUGAUUAGAGAUGAGUAUUCACGCUUUAGUGAAGCUUUAUGGUUAUGCUACAUAGUCUUGAACUAUUUCUAAUGAUGCUAUUCGAUAUAUUCCUCCAGUUGCCUUCCUUUACACACUUUCUGGCCUUUUGUAGAAACUUAAGAAAGAGUGAGAAAUGUGUAUUUCAAGCAUCUGAUUUGACAAGGUGUCUAGGAUAAGUCAUUCCAGAGGUUGAUAUGGAAAUAAAAUGGAUGCAAUAAGCUGUGUUGGUGUGGGUGGGUGUUUAUGUGUGUGUAUGUGCUUGCGUGCGUGCGUGCAUGCAUGCAUGCAUGUGUGUUUGUAUAAUAUAUAUAUGUAUAUAUAUACAUAUAUCGGUUAGAGCACUGUGCUGCCAGGCUUCACAGCCUGACAGAUGGCGGUUCGAGCCCCGUUCAGGCUGGAAUCUUUCCGCUGACAAGGAGUGGUUACUGUCCCCCCUUGAGCAAGGGGGAUGGGGGUUGUGGUGUGUGAGGUCCUGGCAGUACCCAUAGAUCGACUAUAAUGAGCUUGUGCUUGCUCCUGUCAGGAGGGUACUUGCUGACAAUUGUGAGUCCAAUUGUGAUCAGGCCGUGGUGAAUUACACACACACACAUUCAGGUGUCUUUCAGUAUCCACAUGAUGAUUGGUUCCAGGACCCCUGUGGAUAUCAAAACUUUAGACAUUCUCUCAUAUAUAGUAUUUGGGAAAAAAAAAAUCAUCAAAGCUUUAUGUUAUAGCUUAUUGUGCCUAGGAUUUCAAAAGACCUUUGUUGCCCUGAUUUCUGUGGUUUCUUUUAAUUUAGACGUUUUCAAGAGUUGCUGCGGUAAAAUCCUGUGGUAGUGAAAACCACAUUGAACCACACUGAUGGACGGACAACUGUGUGUGUGUGUUUUUCAUACAUGUACAUAUCUUUGGGUACAUCACAUACUCUUUGCAUGUUGGUGUUAAGAGCUCAUUAUGUAUUGUACUUGUGAAUGGAUUUGUGAUUGUCAAAAGGUCGAGUAUUAAGUCUAAUGUGCAUCAAUAUGCUUGGUUGAGUGAAAGGUCUUGAGUUUUAUAUGAAUAAUUUUUGUGACAAAUGCUAUAAUUUGCAAUAAUUAUAAUGUGCCUCCAAAGCCUCCUCCACACAUUGUAGGUGUCAGGUGCUCAUAGCGCCACAUGGAUGCCAAAAUUUGAUAGUUUCAGAUUUGCUCAAUGGACUAAUUACAGUAUCCUUGUGGUGUCACUAAUUGUCCAACAUUGACUUUGUGUAGUUGCAGUGUCUCAUCAUAUUUAUUUGUUUCCCAGUGCUACAUAAUGUCUAGUCUGAACUAUCUAAUCCGUUUUUCUGCUUCAUUUAAUUUGCCAAGCCAUGUGAAUGUAACUGCUUCCAUUCUUAAACAAAUGUAUGCAUCAACAAAGUACCAAAUGUCUGUUGCUGAAAGUGGGGUGUGGCCACUAAGGAGGGGAAGAAUAAGGUCCUCAUACUCUAGUUCUGAUUAUUGAUCUACCUCAUAUCAUAAUGCUGCACCCACUCAAGACAGCUGUGCACACUCAAUGUUUAAUGGAAGAUAUAUUACUAAAGUCUUUGUCAACAAUGUUCCUGGCAUCAGAAUCAUUACACUUUUUACACUCCCACAGAGGGAUGUGAAUUUUAAGCACAAGUUGUAGUAUGAGAAAAACAGACCUCUUCUAAAUCUUCCCCUUCAUGUCUCUUGCUUCCCCUUAACAAAGUAACUGGCCACAGCACUAACUAGACUCUGAUGAUGAUCACACACCUAAGACUUAUUCAGUCUCUAUAGGUGUAAGCAUUCUUGCCUCUGCUUCAAAAACUGGAGAGACAUGUUGUCUAGGUGCCAAGAUAUGCAUUUAAUAUUAAGCGUGGCCUCGUAUGUGUUUCAUUUGUACUGUGUCGGUUGAAUUAUGACAUAGGAUAUCUAAGUCACUCCAGUGUUUCCUUCAUACCGGUGCUUCUGUGUGUCUCUCGUCCUGAAGCAAUGUACUCUUGUGUACCGUGUCUGCACUCCUCCGCUGGCAGCAGCUCCUCUUUUUAAUAGUCAUGAGCUGGAGUUGCCUUUGAAUUGCUUGAAUAUAUUUUUCUAACUGGAUCUCUUAGUAAGUAUGACAUAGACUUGUUAUGUAUAGAACUAUUUGACCAAAAUAUUUUGUUACUUCAUGAAUGUUCAUUAUUAUAAUUAUUAUUAUUAUUAUUAUUAUUAUUAUUAUUAUUAUUAUUAUUAUUAUCACUAUUAUAAUUACCACUAUUAUUGUUAUUAUUACCAUUGGAAAGCAUAUUCCAAACCAUAUUGGUUUUAUGAUAAUUCAAGCAAAACUUUUUAUCAUUUUUUCAUAUUUAUAAUAUAAUAUGUAUUUGCAGUAGAGUUGCUAUUGGAUACAAGGCUCUGGUUAAGUACAGUUGCACAAAUUUUAAGGUCAUAUAUUUAUACAAAUAUAAUCAAAGUAAUAUUAGGUACAUUUUGCAUUUAAACCAGAUGCUUGUAUGCAAUGAGUUACAAAAGUUUGAAUAUGUUAACUCACUAAGUAUAGCCAGUAUUAUUUUUCUAAAGGUAAUUGUGUUAUCAAGUAGAAACACACUGAUUUAAUAACCUAUCUAAGUGCUAUUUGCAUUAGAAUCUAGUCUAGUCUAAUCAUUCCUUAUGUGCUCUGGGUUCAGGUUUGUGGCCACGACAAAGUCAGGCCGUUUCAAUAACGGCUGUUGUGGUUGUGAUUUUCUUUAUUUGUCGAGAAUAUAAAUUGAGAAAGCUUA